GGAGAGAGAGAGCUGGCUUCGUCAGUCUUAGUCCGUCUCCCUCCUCCCAAAUCCAGAAAAGCUCACAGAGGAGGCGCGGCGAGAGGAAUCCGGAGGAAUUUCUGCGAGGAAUAUUUCCUGUCUUUCCCACCAGCAGCUCCCUCCUUGCCUUUUUCAUUCCACGCGCGCACACAAAGAAGAAGUGAAAAGUUGGAGGUGAGAGAGAAGAAAGAAAGGAAGAAAGAAAGAAGGAUCGAUGAUGGACGAGCAGCCUCGCUUGAUGCACUCUCACGGGGUGGGCAUGUCAGGACACCCCGGCCUGGCGCAGCAUUUGCCGGAUGGCACGGCGGGGACGGACGGCGAGGGACGGAAGCAGGACAUCGGAGACAUUUUACAGCAAAUCAUGACCAUCACCGACCAAAGCUUGGACGAAGCACAGGCGAGGAAACACGCAUUGAACUGCCACAGAAUGAAACCUGCACUCUUCAACGUCUUGUGUGAAAUAAAGGAGAAAACAGUGCUGAGUAUCCGUGGCGCCCAGGAGGAAGAACCUCCCGAUCCCCAGCUGAUGCGCUUGGACAACAUGCUGCUGGCCGAGGGGGUCGCCGGGCCCGAGAAAGGCGGCGGGUCGGCAGCUGCAGCCGCCGCCGCUGCGGCCACCGGCGGCAUCGGCGCCGACAACUCGGCGGAACACUCUGACUACCGGGCCAAGCUGACGCAGAUACGACAGAUUUACCACACGGAGCUGGAGAAAUAUGAGCAGGCGUGCAACGAGUUCACCACCCAUGUGAUGAACCUGCUGAGGGAGCAGUCUCGAACACGACCCAUCUCGCCCAAAGAGAUCGAGCGCAUGGUCAGCAUCAUCCACCGCAAGUUCAGCUCCAUCCAGAUGCAGCUGAAGCAGAGCACGUGCGAGGCUGUCAUGAUCCUGCGCUCGCGCUUCCUCGACGCCAGGCGAAAGAGGAGGAACUUCAACAAACAGGCGACAGAGAUUCUAAACGAGUACUUUUACUCUCAUCUCAGUAACCCUUAUCCGAGCGAGGAGGCCAAAGAAGAGCUGGCCAAGAAAUGCAGCAUAACAGUGUCACAGGUGUCCAACUGGUUUGGCAACAAGAGAAUCCGCUACAAGAAAAACAUCGGCAAGUUCCAAGAGGAGGCCAACAUGUAUGCGGCGAGGACUGCGGUUACUGCCACCAGUGUGUCUGCGCACGGCAGCCAGGCCAACUCCCCCUCCACUCCUAAUUCGGCAGGUUCUGCUGGCUCCUUUAACAUGUCAAACUCCGGAGACUUGUUCAUGAGUGUUCAGUCCCUCAAUGGUGACUCGUACCAAGGGGGGCAGGUCGGGGCCAACAUACAAUCCCAGGUGGAUACCCUUCGCCAUGUUAUCAGCCAGACCGGCGGAUACAGUGACAGCCUCGCCGCCAGCCAGAUGUACAGUCCACAGGGCAUCAACACAAACGGCGGCUGGCAAGAUGCUCCGACCCCUUCAUCAGUGACAUCACCCACGGAAGGACCCGGAAGCGUUCAUUCGGACACCUCCAACUGAAUACAUCCAUUCGUGCGCCGUCACCCUGUAUGAAAAAGCAGAACUGACCUUCCCAGUAUUAAAGCGAGGAGACGACUAAGAGGUACUGUGGGGGAAAAGGCGAAUCGCUUGUAACCUUUGGACAUUCGGGAUACAAACAAUGAAAUUGGAAAGAAUCAGCGGAGAGGUUUGUACAGAGUUCUAUUCCGAGGGCUGGGCUUACUUAUUAUUAUUAUUAUUAUGAUUAUUAUGAUGAUCACCUGUUUCCACUUCCAGUGACAAAAUGUUCCAGUAAAUAAAUCAAAGUUUUAUUGGUCAUUCUACCUCUCAGCCACUCAAAAGUAGAACCACGCCAGCGGCCGGGAUUUGUUUUGUAAAAAAAAAGAGGCACAUCUUCUUACUUAUUCUACAGUUUCUUGUCUCUCACCUAUUCUAUCCUAUGGUACGCCAUUUUAGACUAAUAUUGCUCAGUUGUUUACAUUGUGUGCUUGAUAAGAAAAGAAAAAAAAAUGUCCAACCUCCCCUGUGUCUCCGGCGUCUUUUAACCCAGUUGUGUCGGGACAUUUUGACCUCUAAGGUAACCCCUGUGAAGUAUGUUAUCUGUAAAACAAUAAAGAAGUUCUUGUCAUCACA